UUGUAUACAAUAAUUUCGGCCGUCAAAGGGAUAGAACGGAAAAACGGAAAUAAAACAAUUAAAAAAUAAUUACUGUGAAAGUUAAUAAGUUUCUGUGUGUGCGUAUGCAUUACUUGGCUGUUGGAGAAAACAAAGCUGACCAAUUUCCCACAAGUCAGUGGGUGCGUGUGUGUUUGUGCUACAUUUUGUAUACAAAAAGAAAUUGUAAAGAGGAAAAAUAUCCUUGAGGUUGUUUUGAAAGAAAUUUUCAAGAAUUUAUCAUUGGUAGAUUAUUUGGUUUUAUGUAACAACUUGUUGCCUGCUAUCUGUAAUAAAAGGACGAUAAGUUUAUACGAAAAAUAAAUCUCCUUAUGUGAACGACGUAAAUAUUGAUUUUCAUAUUGAAUAUUGAAUAUACCUGCUGUAAAACCACCCCCGCCCAACACAUACUCGUAGUCAAAACUAAUAACACAGCGCAUAGAAUGUGGGCAUCGCGUAUAAAAAUAAAAUGUGAAUAACAUCGUUGGUCAUAGCCCCAAUAGCAGUAGCAGCAACAGCAGCGGGGGUGAGGGUGCAGUAGCACUAUUAGCCCAGGAGGAAAGCGGCAACUGAUGAAGGACAACGAAAGGAAGUGCCCAAAGCUUAAUAGUCAUUCUAAGAAAAUGCCUGCAAUUGAUGCCAUAGAAAACUUUCCACAUCAACGUCCUCUUUUCCCCUUGGAUCAUACGCCCCACGAGAAUGGUGGCAGCAGCAGUCACGGUAGCUCCAAAAACUCCUCCACCUCCUCCUCCUCCAAACUGAGGACAUGGUCGGCACUGCUGCGUGUUAUACAACUUAAUUGGAAAAUAUUUUUGUCCGCCUUGGCAGUGACAUUGCUGGCCAUCAUAUGGUAUUAUCCCAUAUUCUUUCUGUUCAUACUGUUUGUUUUGUAUUCGCUGCUUCUGGUUGUUGCCGCUGUGGCUGGGACAGUUUACAUUCAUUACUUGUUUACCACAAAGGAGCCGCCAAAGCCAAACCGCGAACCACUAAAUGUUCUAUACAAUGCCACACAAAAUAGUCUCUUUGAUCUCCCCAAACCCAUUAAGAAUGCCACAAAUUUACCAUUGAUAUUUGGCAAAACUGUGGAUUUGCAAAUUCAACAAAUUAUUGAAUAUGUUUUAAGAGAUUUUAUGACGCCAUGGCUGGGAUAUGUGGUGACCAAACCCAAACUCAUGAAUGAUAUUGUCCGCGAGGACCUAUGGAAUGCCAUACAGAAAAUGCAUGAAAGGGCCAAGAAAAUGGAUGCACCGAAGCUUAUAGCAGUCGAUAUGAUUAACAGAGUUACAGUUCAUUUGGAAAAGAUACGAAUAUCUGAAGCUAGGGCAGCUGAAAUGAAUGUAGCUCCAGUAUUUUCAACCAAUUCCUAUUUGGCCAACGAAGAGAAGGAAAUGGAGUUUCUAAGAAAAUUGUGUGAGAUUAUGGUUAUACUGCUGCUUCCACGCGGCUAUUCAUUACCACCGCUAAAAGUGCUGUUAAGUGAAAUUCUAUCCUACAAAAUAUUUUUUCCCAUGAUCAAAAUGUUAACAUCACCCGACUAUAUCAACCAGAAAGUUGUACAAAACAUUGAGGGUCGUUUGGCCGCAGCUGCCAUCAGUAAACGCAGCUAUGAAUAUGCUGCCAGUUUUGAGGAUUUUCUCAAAGUAAUCAACAAUUGUGGCAAUCUUGAGGAAUUGUCUCUAAUACGAAAAAGUAUUGUCAACGAUUUGAUGCAUGCAACCACAGUACAAAAUCUCCAACGUGCCAAAGGUAUUGAUCCCGACAAUGAUCCGGACCACAAUCUCUCCAAAUCGGAAGUAUCGGCUGCUAUGCGUUUGAAACGUUAUGUGGCCCAGUUAACCUAUGCCAAGAAUAUGUGCGAAAAGAACUUGGAGAAAUUUGGUUGGAAUGGUAACUAUUCGAGUGAUUUGGAUUUGUCGCUAGUGGAAAUACUCAACACAGCCAUAGGAAGGCGUUAUUUUACCAUAUUUUUGGAGCCCCUUAAAGCCAGUGCUUUGGUGGGCUUCUACAUGGCCGUUGAGGAAAUGAAACAUGCCCCCAAAAAUGCAGCCCAUCAAUUGGGCACCGAAAUCUUCUAUACCUACAUACGAGUACCAAAGUCCGAAAUACAAUUUGACAAACACGAACGUAAACUAAUAGAAACAUUCCUACUGGGCGAUUCGGGACCAGAAAUAUUCUAUGACUUGCAGAAACAAAUUCUGAAAACCCUGGAAGAAAAGUACUAUCCCCCUUUUGUAUUGAGCGAACAAUAUCGUUUGCUAAAGGAAGCCCUAGACUCCGAUGACUACAAAGAUCCCACCUUAAUAAUAGGCUCAUUAAGUGAUAAUCACGAGGAUGUUGCUGUCGCUUUAGAUGGUCUGGAAGUUGGUGCAACGGGCACCAUCGAUGUGGCAGCUCAUACAUCAUAUGCGCGUAAGAAACUAGAACAAAUACAGGAACGUAUAGAUAAGAAAAAUCAAGCUUUGGAUGCUUUAAAAUAUUCCGUUAAACCCGACUCAAAAGUACUACAAAUUUUGGAAAAAGAAAUGGAAUGGCUGAAGAAUGUGAAGCGACAAACUGAGGCACAUUUACGUCGUACCGAUGCAUGGACUGAACAUUUGGGUCGCUGGAAAGCCACGCUACAAAGUGUGGAGAUUUCCGAUGAAAAGGAAUCCCUACAAUUUAUGAUUCUAGUACAUGUAGACGAGGACAUUAAUACACCGCCUUCGCUAAAGCAUUCGUCAGGAAGAGUCGAAGCUAGACCCGGUAGCAUAUCAAGUGGCUGGGUUGUAAUGAGAUCAUUGAACCAAGUUCAUGAAUUACAAAGAAAGCUGAGACAUGUUAGUGCCAAUCUAAAGUCAUUUGACCUGCCAACAAAUUUUAAGUUUUUCUUUUUGAAAAACGAUAAGCACGCUUUGGAGAAGGCUAAACUGCAAAUACAGAAAUUCAUCAAUCUCAUAUUAGAGGAUGAUCAUCUCAAUGGAAGUGAAGCCAUUUACACUUUUCUUAGUCCCAGUUCGGAUCAUUUGAAACAAUCGUUACCUUCUCCGAAAAAAUCCAAAUUUUCUCUAUCCACGCUGUUUAAAACGGAAACAGGCAAAUCAUCAGAAUCUUCUUCGAAAGCAUCGGAUCCUUUUUGGGGUUUACAACGUGAUGACGAAGACAUAUCUACAUAUUUGGAAGGUGUUCCUACCGGUGAUAAUAAACUAAUGGCUGAUUUGGAUAGCAAAGAUUCCAUAGCGGAACCUUUGUAUGCGCUAAUGGGAGAAAUAUUCGAUAUGGGUGGCGUUUUUAAAUGGCUACGCAAAAGUCUAAUUUCAUUUGUACAAAUAACAUAUGGUCGAACUAUUAAUAGGCAAAUUCGUGAAUCUGUAUCAUAUUUGUUCGAGGAAUCUAUGCUUCACUAUUACUUUUCGGCCAUUUUGAAAUCAUUUUGGCCUGGUGGAGUUCUAGCAUCGGCAUAUCCCGUCAGAUCAGACGAUAUGAAGGAAAUGACAACAAAUGCGGCCAAGGCUCUACUUAUGGAUAAUAUACCAGAGGUUUUAUGUAAUUUGGUUGGAGCCCAAGCUGCUAAACGUGGUAUACUGAAAGUAUUUGAUGCUCUACAAAAUCCCGUCUAUAAUAAGCAAUUAUUUUAUGAACUUUUGGAAAUCCUUAUGAUGGAAUUCUUUCCCGAAAUAAAACAAUUAAAAAUCCAUACACCCAUAACAAGCAUACAAACAUCUCAACAUUCCUCGGGAGUUAGUGGUAGCGGUGGUGGUGGUGGUGGUGGUGCCAGCAGCAACAGCGGUACCGGCAUUACUGGAAGCAGUGCCAACAUUAGCGUUUCAACAAAUAAAUCACAAAAUAAUAAUCAGAACGACAAAUAUCCUUUGGAUAAACACAAUACCCACCAUAGCAGUGAUAAGCAUUCAAACAAUCAUCAUCAUCACCAUCAUCAUCAGCAUCAUCUCACUACAGGAAAGUAAAACUUAUAUAGAAUUUCGUAACGAAACCCACAACGUUAUUAGGUGCUAAAAUUGUAUUGUAUUAUGUGUAUCAUAUAUAUAUAUGAAUAUAUAUUUAAUUUAAAAAAAAAUGUGUAAAACAUGCCAUUUGUAUAUGUGGGCACUAUUGAACCUAACUCGAAUUAACAUUUCCUUUUUUGCAAAAUGUUUUAAUUUUUAAUUCCAUUUUAAUUUCAGACUUGAUACUAAAUGGGGUUUUUACAUAGAUUUACAUGAAUGUGAUGUUGUUUCUAUUGUUAUAAUUAAUUAUUAUUAUUAAUUUAUUGUUAUAAAAUCUAUAUAAUUUUGAAAUAUAUUGUAUUAUUUCAAUGCAAUCACUAAAAUAAGAGUAUGAACCAAAAUUAUUGGUAACAUGAUAUUUCAGGGUAUACCAAGUCAAAAGUAGUGGCAACAAAAACCAAUGCUGUUACUUUGAUAUGUUGGUUUUUUUUAGACUUUUCUCUUUGACUUGGCCUAUUAUGGAUUCAUGUUAUCCUAGCAAGCAAUUUAAAUAUUCUGAUUGAAAAAUUUAAGAAAAUGCAGUAUUAAAAACCAGCAUAAAAGUUACAAAAUUUUAGUUCAGAAAUUUAUAUAAAACAUUCCAAAGAUUUGUAUAGUAUCACAAUAAUACCAUGACUGUUUGAUAUUGAUUUGAAUUUUAAAGCUUGUCACUAAUUUCUAGUAAUAAUACCUAUUACUUUGGGUAUAUUUGGACCUGAUGAACCAUACAAUAAAUAGUUUUUAAUAUACACAUUUUAUUUAAACUCCUUUGACUUUAUGACUUAUAAAAAACUAGCUGAACACUGGGGUGUUUCUCUACUCCCUAAAAAGACAUUUCCAACUCAAAAGUGUGAUAUACUUAAAUUGCCCUCACUAGUUGUCCUCCCAAGGCAGCCGGUUGUACGUACCUUAUUGACCCGAUAAAGUCCUUCAUCGGCAAGGACUGCCGCCUCAGUGUUUAAUACACUGCUACAACAACAAUAACUAGUUGUCCUCCCAAGGCAGCCGGUUGUACGUACCUGAUUGACCCCAUGAAGUCCUUCAUCGGCAAGUGCUGCCGCCUUAGUGUACAACAAACUGCUACAACAACAACUAGUUGUGGGUAUUUAGAAUACUUAUGCAGAAUAAGUUGGAGGUCACUUGAGUAGCAACCUUGGUUACUAGCCAUGUCGUCGGAGACUUUGGGUCCACUGUCUGAACUCAGAGAUACACCAUAGCGCAUUGUAAGACAUCGAAAACGAAAAAAUAAUAAAACCAACGCAUAAAACAAAAAAAAAACGAAA